GCUAGGGGCAACCCAUUUGGCAAGCGAACUGUGAAGAAGGUAGAGAGAAAAAAAAAACAAGAAACAGAAGCCCCGCCCAGAAGACCUCCUGCAGCUCUGACGUCAAUGGACAUCAACCCUGAGAACAUGAUGCCUUGUGCUAGCAGCAGCGGCAGAGCCUGCUAGAUAGAGGCGCACACUGGCUUCCUGCACAGCCGCCUCCACUCCCCCCGGUGUGACCCGGUGCCCGGAGCUCACUUCUCCUCAUGCCUCCAUGCCACCGCCUGACACUGUAAGUUCAGUGAGUGACUUGUGCUCCAGCCCGGGCUCCUCACACUCCACACUCUGCUGCUGCCCAUGUCACCCUGGAUCUGCUGGAUGUGGAAUGGACCCUGUCAAUUGUGGAUAAUCCUCUUCCUGCAAACUACAGGACAAUGACAACUCCAAGGUCCCUGUGCAUGCUCCCCGGGAUUGUCCUCCUGGAGUGCUGAUCUUCAGACACCUCAGUGUGUCCUCUCCUCACUCGGACAAUGCAUUCUGGGCACUAGCUGGAGAUUUGUUUCUUUGUAUCAGCAGCAACACCCCCCUUAUACCUGCAAAGCCACCUAGAGAAUGCUCCUGCCCACAGCCAGGGACGGGCAGCUCUGAUGGGCACAUUGUGUGGCUGGCAUCUGCUGCAGAGUCGUCUUGUGCCUGGGCUCAUCUGGGGGGUGUGAUCGUGCCAGUUGAUGUCUUUUGCCCCUUUGCCUCUCUGGCCUGGGUCCCAGCAUGGUCAUGGCGGACUGUCAGAGGCAUGUGCAGAGGGGUCCUGUCCGGGUUGGAUUCUAUGACAUAGAACGCACUUUAGGGAAAGGGAAUUUCGCUGUGGUGAAGCUGGCCAGGCACCGCAUUACCAAAACCGAGGUGGCAAUAAAGAUUAUUGACAAGUCUCAGCUGGAUGCUGUAAACUUGGAAAAAAUCUACCGAGAAGUACAAAUAAUGAAGAUGCUGGAUCAUCCCCACAUUAUCAAGCUAUACCAGGUUAUGGAAACCAAAAACAUGCUUUAUCUGGUGACAGAAUAUGCCAAAAAUGGAGAGAUUUUCGAUUACUUGGCGAACCAUGGGCGUCUUAGUGAGUCAGAAGCCAGGAGAAAGUUUUGGCAGAUCCUCUCUGCUGUGGAGUACUGCCAUAGCCGCCAUAUUGUGCACCGAGAUUUGAAAGCUGAAAAUCUCCUACUAGAUAACCACAUGAACAUCAAGAUAGCAGACUUUGGUUUUGGCAACUUUUACAAGACUGGAGAACCCCUAGCCACGUGGUGUGGAAGCCCACCAUAUGCAGCCCCAGAAGUGUUUGAGGGACAGCAAUAUGAGGGACCUCAACUGGAUAUAUGGAGUAUGGGUGUGGUGCUCUAUGUCCUGGUGUGCGGUGCUUUACCAUUUGACGGCCCUACGCUCCCCAUCCUGAGACAGCGAGUGCUGGAGGGAAGAUUCCGAAUUCCAUAUUUCAUGUCUGAAGAAUGUGAGCACUUGAUCAGAAGAAUGUUGGUUCUAGAGCCGUCAAAACGUCUUUCAAUUGCUCAAAUUAAGGAGCACAAAUGGAUGAUGACAGAGGUUCCUGUGAAUCGACCUGUCCUCUAUGCACAGACUCAAGAGAAGGACGCUUCUAUUGGGGAACACAAUGAACAAGUCCUCAGGCUUAUGCACAGCUUAGGGAUAGACCAGCAAAAGACCAUAGAGUCUUUACAGGACCGUAGUUACAAUCACUUUGCUGCCAUAUAUUACCUCCUGGUGGAGAGACUAAAAUCUCACAGAAGUAGCUUUCCUGUGGAGGCCAGGAUCGACGCGCGACAACGGCGACCAAGUACUGUUGCAGAACAAACAGUUGCCAAGACAAGUACGGUGGUGUCUCCUGUGAACCUCUUGUCUCAAAAUGUGCUGAUGAUGAGGACACCAGUUCUACCAGAAACCUCAGCGGUGGAGCCCUUCUCUUAUCCUCAAACCAGCUGCCAGGCUGAUACCACAUUCCUAGAGGAGGAGGCUGUGAACACCCCAACGGUUAAUGGCUGCUUAAUGGAUCCUCUACCCCCUGUAGCAAUGAGGAAGGGUUGCCAGUCUUUGCCAAGUAACAUGAUGGAGACCUCUAUUGAUGAAGGAAUUGAGACAGAAGAUGACUCUGAGGAUGAUCCGGCUGCAGCAUUCGCAGCAUUUCAAGGCAGACGUAGUGGGCAAAGACGACACACACUUGCAGAAGUGACAAACCAGUUAGUGGUCUUACCCAGUGUGGCACCAGACAUGGAAGGAAAACUUUUUACUAUUGGGAACAACCCAUCUUUGGGAAGUGUUGACUGCGAAUAUGACAUGGGAUCUGUUCAAAGCGACCUCAACUUCCAGGAAGAUGCUGGAGUUUUUAAUGAAGUGGCUAUGGCUAACCAGUCCGUCACCAGGCUUACUCCACCAUAUAUAGGUUUACAGCCUACCAACUUGGCCAUGCCAGCCAUGUCCUCUCAAAAACGUGAAGCACACAACAGGUCUCCAGUCAGUUUUCGUGAAGGAAGACGAGCCUCUGACACCUCACUCACACAAGGAAUCGUGGCAUUCCGGCAGCACCUUCAGAACUUGGCAAGAACCAAGGGUAUCUUGGAGCUCAAUAAGAUCCAGAUGCUAUAUGAGCAAAUGGGACCUACUGAAGAUCCAAAUCUUACAUCCCCUAGCUUACACGAUCCCAACAACCCCCAGCCUAAUCUCUCUGCACAACUUCUACAUAUUUCAACGUUUCCUAAUAACUUGCAACCUCCGCUACUGUCAAGGCGUCAGAGUUUGGAGACACAGUAUUUACAACACAGGCUGCAGAAAGGGAGUCUGCUGGUGAAAGCUCAAAACAGCUGCCCCCUGUACUGUAAGGAGACACCCAGAAGUUUGGAGCAGCAACUUCAAGAACACAGGCUACAUCAGAAGCGCCUCUUUUUGCAGAAGCAACCCCAACUGCAGGCUUAUUUCAACCAGAUGCAAAUAGCAGAAAACACUUAUCCAAUGCAGGGACAGCAGCUCCCGUUGUCACACCAGGAGUCUGUGCAGCAGAACCAGUUCAGCUUGUCACAGCCACUGAGUCCAGUAUUGGAGCCUGCAUCGGAUGAAAUGCAAUAUGAUCCAUUCUUAAGUCAGUAUCACAAGCUGCAUUCCCAGCAGAUGCAACACAUGGUACAGCCCAGCCAGCCACAGCUCCUAACCCAAGUUCAUGUUCAGCAGCCUCCCAUACAGUAUACCUACCAGUCGUGUGAAUUAACCGGGGUGCCAACACAUGAAUUGGAAUACACAAACCAAUGCCAGUAUUCAGUAGAUACAUGUCAACAAAGUGGAGUGGCAUUGCAUGAAACCCAGGUUAGUCCUACAGGACAUGAUCCUCAAACAUCCUACAAAACAUUGAACCUCAAUGAGCCUUAUGACUGUGAGAUGAUGGAAACUGUUGACUCCCAGCACAGUGGCUAUGUUUUGGUUAACUAGUCCUUCAGAAGAUUACUGUAUUGUGACAGUAGGUUUUAAGAUGUAGGAGGAGAAAGUUUACUUGUAACUACUUUUUUGUUUUGUCGGAACGAAGAAGAAGUCUACUUGAUAAGGAAUCUGGCUUGCAUCGAUGGAUUUCUCAAGUCUUUCAUGUUACAAGUCCUGUACACUUGGAGAAAAAGGCAUCCUUCAAGGAAGAAACAGGAAGAACAUUUUUUUUUUCAAUCUUCUGGUGGGGAAGACACAGACCUUUCAAAAACACCAAACUUCUGCUACUAGAUUAGCGUGCUGGUCCUCUAAGGACCUUCAAUAUGGAGCUGACGUAUGACGAAGCACCAUUGAAAGCAAUAUAGUUUUUUUUUUUUCUUUUCUUCAGAAAGUGAUCCUAAUGUUGCAAUCAAAAACUUCUUGUAAAUGGAUUUUAGAAAAACUUGUAAUCUAAGCUACUGAGAUAAGCAGAAAGCACCUUCCCAAACAAUAUGGAGAAGCAAUUAACUAACUUUAGUGACCAGAUUCUACACUACUGUUUGGAGGUACACAUCACGGAUGGACCUCAGCAAAGUAAAGAUACUUGGUGCAAUGACCUUAAGAAGAGGUGGCACCACGUGGACUCCGUUUGCUCAAAGUGAAAUUGACUGAACAGGAAAUAAGCUUUCCAUAUUUUGUGGACAAUGUGGGUUUGAGAUCCUAGAUAACUGUUUGGCAGUAGAUCAGGAUGUGUCGUACAUUGGUGGUAGAAAAAAACCAAGAGACAUUCUGUAGAGAUAUAGAGGGUUUCAGGAGAUGACACAGUUGUUACGAAACUGUCACUUUUUAGCAUAAUGAAGAAAUAAUAAUCUUGACUGUGUUUUCAGGUCACAGUAAUACCAUAUGUUGCUGUUUGUUGACAAAGCUUUGUACAUUUGGUAAACUAUUUAGAUUUUAGUCAGGAAAACUCAAAAUGAGCUACAAAAAGCUGUGUGAUGUGUGGUAGUUUUGUGCCUUUAUUGGUUCUUUUUCAUAAUAGAGUAUACCUUUACUUUUAUUUGUUUUUGUUUUUUUGUUUUUUGUUUUCCGGAUGAAAACCGUUUUAGACCAUUCUUCAUUUCUAUCAAUGCUACAUCCAAAGUCAAUUCAGAGUUUGUGUGUAUGUACGUCUGUUCCACUGUGUGGAAAGCAAAAAGAGUUUAAUUCAAUGUUUUGAUUGCUCAUUUGUAGAAAGGAAAUGUUUUAAAAAAGUAUUAUAGCAAUAUUUAAUUCUAUUUAAUGUCAUGAACUGUUGAUAUUAACCGUGACAAUUGAUGUUUCAUGAAGAAGCUGAAGUGAGGGAGUUGUUGUACCCUAGCUACGCGUUUAUCAGAUGAGUAGUAUUCAAUAUAGGUUACACUAGCUAUAGACGUAACCUAAGAUUCAGUAUACCUACCAGAUCACAUGUUGCACUUUCUAUAGAGUUGAGGUUUAAUAUAGCCAUAAUGUGGUAGAUUGUUUCAUUAUAAAGGCCACCAUUUUUGGAAAGAAGAAAAGUCAGUAGUAUUAAUUCAAUUCCCUCUUCUCCCAUAUAGAGUAUAUAGAACUGUUGUGUGCAUGGCGAACCACAUAACACUAACUUAAAGUGUUUACAUCUUUUUGCUAAUUUUAUCAUAAAGUUACUGUUAGAGAUGUGUGAAAAGUUUUGAUCGGUCAGGGUUUUGGUGCUAAGAGCCUCACCAACCAAUAAAACAAACAGGUAUAAGUGCUUGGACAAGUGCUACACUCCCUGUCUCUCUCCUCACUGCAUAAGGCAGGUGCCAUAGACUUUCUAUAGAGUCCAUCUCCUUCAGCAAAGAUAGAGACGGGGGAGACACAAUUAGCCGAGCGCAUUUUUCCACUCAUUUAAGCGAUUGGUGGCGGUCUCUGCACCCAGACCCUCAUCAAACAAAACUUUUGACAUGCCUCUAUGACAUAAAUUAUUAUUUUUUUUAAAUGACAGUGACACUUUUAAUAUACUGACUAUAGAUCACCCUACACACAAGAUAAGUCGGCCAAAGCUGACAAUUUUAGUAGGACCAACCAACCAUGUAAUGUGUACAGGGGCCUCCCAACUUCCCCCCCAAUGGCAGAUGUGGGAGGAGAUAAGAAUUGAGCAUUUUUAUUUUGAAACUGAGAGCAUCUUUCUUUCUUCUGUCCAUUCGGAACAAGCAUACUUUUAGAAACAUAUCAAAAGAUUGCAUCGGUGACUGUCUGUGUCCUCAGAUCCCCAAUACUGGGCAUCGAAGAGUGCAGCACCUUCUUUGUAGCCACUGGCAGAAAUCCCAGGAUGCAGAGACUCAUCAGUGUUGUCAUAUUCUGUGGCAUGUCCAAACAUUGUAAAAUGUACAUGAAGGUACAUAUUAAAAAGGGUUGCAUAAAUUAAGAAAAAAAAGCCUGUAUUUUUUCCUCCCAGAAAUAACACCAGUCUAUAUUGGCUAUGUCUGGCAUUGCAGAUACAUUUAAGGAAACUUCACAUCACUUUCAUGCUGCCCAAACCAUGAGUCAGUGGGGCAGUCCCUGGUGACUUCUCCCUGCCCCACCAGCCUUGAUUGAUGGAUCUCUUCCUAGUUGGGUAUAGGGAGAGAUCUAUCAAGACCAGCAGGGCAGGAAAAAGUCACCGUGGAAAGUCCUGGUUGAGGCCGUAUAAAUAUUAUGACAGGAUCCCUUUAAGUGAAUUGAUCUGAGCUGCAGUACCACACUGCCUUUCUUAUUCCAUUUAACCCCUUUAUAGUGACCACAACCCAAGGCUUCACAUUCGUUACUGACGUUGGCAAAACCAGGACAUAUAUCUAAAAACUAAUUUAUAUACUUGAUCCAUUAUUUUCUUUACAGAGGUUUUUACCUAAAGUUACAUGUAGAAAAAUCUGAAUCUUACCUCUGUUGAGGAGAAUGGAAUGGCCUGACUGCUCUGAGCUUCUGUCUCCCUUCUUAGCUGCCAGGGCAGUGCCAAUUCAGCUUGCCUGGUACCAUCGCUACACUGGCUAGAAGUUACAGCCUUUAAAUACAGCUGUCAGGUAGCAUAUUCUUUAGCAACCAGAUGUUAUAGAUCACUGUCUGUCAUCCUAAACUAGCACUGCGCUGAGGGCAGAGAAGGAGCAAAGAGGCUUGGCAGCAUGCAUGCUUCACUUUCCCUACUGACAUACCAAUCAAAGUCUUGUAGAACACGGAGAGCAUAUGUAAGGCAAAGUCAACCAAAUGGUCAGAUUCUUGCAAGGUACAAGGAACCAAGUUCAGAAUUUUCCUCUUAUUUAUGAAAUCACGCAUUUGUUCACGUAUGAAAAUUGAAUGUGUUUUAUUUUUUUGUAAAUAAAUGACAAAUUCUUGCAAACCU